AUGAUGAUCGUAAAACUAUGUACUCUAUGGGACUGGCAGCAACUUAUAAGAUCAACCGGAGCCACAGUUUUCGAGAUGCACUUAGAUGACUUCAAGAACUUCGAGGCCUUAUAUUCCGGGACAGGAUCACCUCUCAUUCAAAAGAAACAGACAGUGCACAAAGAAAGCUUUUUAGUGUCAUCAGCGGUGUGGCUUGAGGUUCGAAAACAGGAUCCAGGGAUACUCUACUAUAAAACAGACAUAUUCCAAAAGGACUACAAAAUCGUAAACAUGAAUAGAUCCUCUAGAAAACCGAUAGGGUUACCACUAGAACUAUGUUCGCCGUGUCAAACCCCAAAAGGACUUAGCAAGAAAAAGCACGAUCAUCUUCUCAUGCUUCUGCAAUGGAUACCAGAUGCAUUUCAUGAUUUUUAUAAAAAUAUUUCUGUGCUGGGUCAACAAGGAGAUGAUGACGACGACGACGAUUGA